AUGCCAUCGCUGCUGCCCGCAUAUUCCUCGAUCUACUCGGGUAUCGCCAAGGCUCUGGAAGCCUUUCCCGAGAGACAUGAAGAGAGGUCCAGCCACAAGGUGCGUGUGGCCUUAGCACAACGACGUCUUGCAAAAGACACUCAGGCGCCCCGCACCGUCAAAACUGUAGCUUCUCCGACUUCGGCAGCAGUCUCUGCAAUGAAGUCGAAGCAGCGUCCCUCCCGAAAGCGGAUCAUCGUCAUCGCGCCCGGAGCUGGGACACGAGCCAAUGGUCAAGUUUAUGCUGAUUUAUGUCAGGGGGAGAGUUUCAAGAUCGAAGUCCUAGGCCACUCCUGUGCUAUCUAUGAUAGAUACCCAGAGUCGUGGCAACACGGUGCUCCAGCCCCGAAUCUGUCAAGCUUCGCAUUGGAGGUUGCGGGAGACGCAAUGCUUGCUGAUUGUUUGGUGCUGGGAUCCCGUGGUGGACAAGUCGUGCUGCCAAAGCUUUGGGAGGCUGUGGGAAGUGCGUUGCCCCCUGCCGUGGUCAUCAACGGAGGUUGUGCGAUGAACCUACCAGAGGCAAUCUGCUGGCCCUCGGAGGCGGUGACAUUCUUGCUCAUCGGAGGAUGUGAUCACUUGUUCAGGUCGAAUAUGACUCCUGAGGAGUACAUGGUCGGUACCCAGCAGUGCGUUCCUGCAACCAACCAGUCCACUGCCUUGCUCUAUAUCAAUGAGAUGGAGCACAUGCCGCAAAGUCACCUGUUUGCUCUGAUUUUGCCUCACUUGCUGCGUAUUUGCAUGGCGUGGAAGCGUAGGGUGGAGAUGGCGCCCUUGCGGGAAUUGCAAUGUUUGCUCACGGAGUUAAACAGUUGCCGCGGAGAGUGGACGGGAUGUCUUUCUUUCACCACCGGUGCUGGGUGGACUGAUGUUCCUUUCGGCAAUCAGAGGACGCUGCUCAGUCAGGGGACGUGCAAGGUUGAGUAUGGUCAGCGACAAGGUUGGAUCCAUUCACCCACACAGUGUAAAGCUGCAGUAGGGGCGUUCAGUAAUUAA